AUGUCAGACUCGGAGAAGAAGUCGCCCGUGACGGUGCCCAAGCCGGUGCUGGUGAGGGUUCCGACAAUUAACGAUGUCUCGACCUCGCCGACAUCAAGCGAAUUCACCCUCACGGAUGGUGACAACGGACUCAUUUCCGAGAAGGUCAUCUCUCAUGAGAUGGGCUCAUCAGAGAUAAACUCAAACCAUACUCUCGAUGUCGAGGCUCAGACGGAGCAUGCGAAGCCCAGGCGGUUUGCAUUUGUGCGGUACAGCAUCUUGACUCUGUACCGCCGGCUAUUCACACUCGUAUUCUGCUGCAACGUCGGACUUUUCGUCUGGAUCAUGGUCUCGCGGCAGAAGCUGCUCCCGUUGGUGAAUGCUACCGCGGCCAACUUGUUGGCCUGUGGCUUGGCUCGACAGCCACUUGUGAUCAAUGCCAUCUAUCGCAUCGUGCUGUCUGUCCCCAGGUCAGCACCCUUUGCAUUGCGGCACAUGGCCUGUAAGGUCUACCACUAUGGCGGAGUGCAUAGUGGCUGCGGCAUUGCAUCCCUCAUCUGGUACCUGGGUUUCGUCGGAGUCAUGUCGCAUCAGUACUGGAGUCCCGCUGUCGAUAGCACUGCGAUGGCCGCCAGCCUGUCCGCCACUCCUGUAGCACUGGCGUAUGUGAUUCUUGCGUUGCUGUUGGCCAUUGUGAUUGUGGCACAUCCCACGUUCCGGAUGAAACUUCAUGAUUAUUUCGAGCUCAUCCAUCGAUUCUCGGGCUGGCUGAUUGUGAUGCUCUUCGUUGCAUUGCUGUUGGUAUUUUCGCAUGAGAUCAGCCGGGCUCAAGGACAAACGCUGGGCCAAUUUCUCAUUGCUUUACCCGCGUUCUGGUUCCUGCUUGUCACCGUCGUGGCCAUCGUCCAGCCGUGGGUGAUGCUGCGCAAAGUCCCCGUCCGAGCUGAGGUCCUCUCCACUCAUGCUGUGCGGCUGCACUUUGACCACGCCACUACCACCUUUGGCAAAGGCACUCAGCUGGCCAAACAUCCUCUGCGGGACUGGCACGGGUUUGCCACUUUCCCCGAUAUCACCCCGUCUGGACCGCGCGGAAAGCCCAGUUUCUCCUGUCUUGUGUCUAAGGCGGGUGACUGGACAGCCGAUACAAUUCAGAACCCACCCACCCAUCUCUGGAAGCGUGGAGUACUUCUUUAUGGCUUUGCAUACUCCAUGCGGGUAUUUAAAAAGGUGAUUGUCGUGACCACCGGCUCGGUAUCGGUCCCUGUCUGUCGUUCCUUGGGGACGACAAUCGUCCUGAGCUGCGGGUUCUCUGGCAAACUCGUGCACCUCUCAAAACCUAUGGCCAAGAGGUGA